CUUUUCCAAAUGACGAACUCAAACGUUUAAUACCUGAAACUUGAUUCUCGUUUUGGUAAAUAAAAGCAAGGAGUGGGAAUUGUAUUGAGAUGUGUUCGACUGAAUAUAGAAACAAGAGGAGAAUGGGUAUUGGUGCGCCAACGGCUAAGGGACGUGUACGAGUUGGUGGUGACUCGGGUCUAGCCGGAAACGGCAAGAUUCGGGUCAAUCUGGGAUUUUCUCGUCUUGCCGGAGGCGCUGAUUUGGGGAAGAAGAUAAAAGCAUUCCGGAGCAUAGUUCCAUAUGAAGGGGUAGAAGUGGUGGUAUGGUACUGAUUGCCCCAAAUUGGAAGAACAAAGCAAGGAAACGUCACUCACAUGUGAACGGAAUAUCACCGUAUUUUUGCUUUCCGACAAGAUAGAAAUUCAAUCCGCAGACUUGCUGAGAUACAUAUCUAUCGACUAUCGACCCACUACUAUUUCAUGAGCAAUCUAUACUGUUUUCAAAGUCCAUAAAGAGAAGCGAGGCAGAAAAUUGGGAGUUGAACCAAAAUGGCCUUCUCUUCAACCGGGAGCAUUUUUCUUGAAUUAUUUCUAGUAAUACUCUUCAUUCCAAUCCCGGGUUCAUGCAAGGGAGCAGACAGCAUUACACCAAGUGUGGUGAUUGAAGAUCCCGAGACGAUCGUGUCGACUGGAGAGAUCUACAGGCUCGGGUUCUUCAGCCCUCAAAAUAGCAGCAAUCGUUAUAUGGGGAUCUGGAAUAAUGUGUCUAAAGAAUCUGUUGUGUGGGUGGCCAAUAGGGAUAAACCCCUCCUUAAUGAUUCGUCUGGGGCGAUUACCAUAUCCGAAGAUGGCAAUCUUGUUCUCAUGGCUUCCAACAAACAGAUUCUUUGGUCAUCCAAUGUCAGGAAUCUUUCCCAGAAUACGAGUGUUCAGCUUCUGGAUUCUGGGAAUCUUGUCUUGCGGGAUAACUCAAACGGCCGCGUAGCAUGGGAGAGCUUUAGGCAUCCUGCUGAUGCUUUCCUGCCAACUCUACAAAUAACUGACAAUAAUCGAACAGGGGAGAAGGUUGUACUAACCUCGUGGAGAACUCUGGAGAAUCCAGACUAUGGAGAUUUCAGUGCUGGAAUCCAAGCUUCAGCCAUUCCACAAGUGUUCAUCUGGAACGGGAGUCGGCCGCACUGGAGAAGUGGCCCCUGGAACGGUCUCAUUCUCACUGGAGUGACAGAUAUGUAUGCUGUGUAUCUUGAUGGAUAUAGGCUCACCAGAGAUGAAUACGGCACUGUCUCCUUCACUCGGGAUUAUUAUGGAAAUAUUUUGAUGAAAAUCAUUUUGAAGCCGAAUGGAAGUUUCGUGCAGACAAUGUGGGAUGAGGCCAGGAGGAACUGGAAUGUCACAUGGGUUGCUCCGAUUGAUGUUUGUGAUGUUUAUGGUGCAUGUGGGCCUUUUGGGAGCUGUAGUUUGAGGAAUUUGCCGAUGUGCAGCUGUCUCAAAGGGUACGAACCAGUAAACUAUGAGGAAUGGGUUAAAGGGAACUGGAGUGGUGGAUGUGCGAGGAGGAGUGCCUUGCAGUGCGACAGAAGUGAUAGCUCUAGUGAUAAAAGCAGAGGAGAUAGAUUUUCUAUGCUCGCGAAUGUUAAAGUGCCCGAUUUUAUUGAGGUAACAGUAGGUAGGAAAGAUGAAUGUGAAGGUUUGUGCUUGAGAAAUUGUUCGUGCAUAGCCUAUUCACAUGAUCCCGGUAUUGGUUGCAUGUUCUGGAGGGAUAGUUUGAUUGAUGUUCGCCAAUAUCCCAGUGGUGGUUCGGAUCUCUAUGUGCGCGGGGCCUACUCUGUCUUAGAUGAGCAAAGGGACCUAAAAGUGAUCAUCAUAGUCCCAGUGAUUGCUGGAUUGACAGUUAUAUCCAUUUCCAUACUUGCUUUUUGGUUCUGGAGGACUAAGAGAAAUGGAACUGAAAGAAAACGCAAAAAACAAGCUUAUCCUUUAGAUUCAAGUGAAAUGGCGCUAAGAGAUGAUGUAGUUGAAGUUAGUCUGGAUGAAUUACCAUUGUAUAGCUUCGACACACUUGCAAAAGCUACAGACCAUUUUGACACGGCUAAUUUAUUGGGGAAGGGUGGUUUCGGACUCGUGUAUAAGGGUAAGUUGGCAAAUGGGAAGGAAAUUGCUGUGAAAAGGCUGUCAAGAGAAUCUGGACAAGGGUUGCAAGAAUUCAUGAAUGAAGUAGUUGUGAUCUCCAAACUGCAGCACAGGAAUCUUGUGAGUUUGCUUGGAUGCUCCGUUGAAAGAGAAGAAAAAAUGCUGAUUUACGAAUUCAUGGCCAAUGGAAGCCUAGACGUGCUUCUUUUUGAUCCAUCUCAAGGAAUCCUGGACUGGGAGAAACGUUUCAAUGUAAUGCAAGGUAUUGGAAGAGGCCUUCUGUAUCUCCACAGGGAUUCGCGAUUGAUGAUAAUCCACAGAGACUUAAAGCCAAGCAAUGUGUUGCUAGACGAGGAUUGGAGUCCCAAAAUCUCAGAUUUUGGCAUGGCCAGAAUAUUUGGAGGAAGAGAAGAUCAAGCCAACACUGCUAGAGUGGUUGGUACAUAUGGAUAUAUGGCACCUGAAUAUGCAAUGCGAGGAAGAUUUUCAGAAAAAACAGAUGUGUUCAGCUUUGGUGUUAUAGUGUUGGAGAUAAUUAAUGGGAGGCGAAACACGAGCUUCUACGAUGAUGAUAUGGCUCUUAGCCUUCUUGAACAUGCAUGGAGACUAUGGAACCAAGGCAAUUUUGAGGAAUUCAUAGAUCAAAGGAUAUAUAGUCCAAGCUUGGUGGCAGAGAUCAUUCGAUGCAUAAACAUUGGAUUGCUUUGCGUCCAAGAAUUUCCUGACAAGAGGCCCACAAUGUCAACUGUUUUAUCAAUGCUUGGUAAAGAGAUUGCUAUUCUGCCUUCCCCAGAACAGCCUGCAUUUACUAAGAAGCCAACGAGAAACCAUCCGUUAUCGUCUUCCUCUCAGAGCCACGAGACAACGGGCUCCCUCAAUAAUGUCAGUAUUACAGUGAUUGAGGGGCGAUAACAGAAUAGCAUCGUAGAAAGAUGAAACAGCAAAAACCAAGAAAAGAGAAAAAGGGGAAGAUGAGAAAAGUGAGAGAAUCUGCAGAAAAGGUGUGGAUUGGAGUCUUGUAACUGAAGCCUUACUACAGGAACUAGGCUGCUUAAAUUCAUAUCCACUUCCCCUUCCUUUAAAUCAACCUCUUGAAAGAAUACGAUUCAUUUUAAUUUUAUUAAACUCAACUGCUUAAUCA